AGAUGCGUUCGCACAGUGGUUCGCUCUCCCAGUUUACCCGACGACGUUUCUCAACGCACGACGCGUACAUUUUCCUACGUUUGACGUAGUCUUAAUUAAAAAUUGUGAAACAAAUUUUUCACACGCGUGACGUUCGGUGUGUCGCGUGUAGAAACUCGGAGCCUUUCUCACCGGAGCGCUGAUUCCAUAUUACGGCUUAAUUACCGAUGGGACGGAAUAAUCGGAAGGUUUCUGGACGUCCGUAUGGGAUAAAUUUAAAUAUCGGAAAUGCGAACUACGCGCUGUUUUUCUCGGAUCGUUCGAAAAUUGAGGUUUUUUUUUUAUCGAGGCUUUAAAUAAACUUGAUAGUUCGAUUAUCGCAUCGAUAAAACCGGCAGAAAAUUCCCAGUGAUAAAUGACGCAUACGUUUCCGAGCGUUUUCUGCGACCUUCCUUCAAUUUAAACGGAAAUCGCAAAAUAUAUUACAUUUUCUAGUCACGAUCAAAGUCACGAAAAAAAUUCGAAGAUCGAAAUUCUUUCGACGAGAUUUUUGAUAGAACGUGUUAUAGUUUAUCGGUAUGUUAUACGAGACAAAGAAUGUAUCAAGAAAGAGAAAUCGGUGUUUCAGCGAUUAGGGGGAUUGAGAGUCGACAGAAAGGAGCGAGACGAUCUUUCGUGGAAUUUUAACGAAAUUAUGAAAAAAUAUCGUCAAAUAAAGUGACGGUGAAAAUCCUUGAAUGUAUCUGCGAUAAUGCUGUGCGACGCUGCGAACAUCGGGAAGAUAUAUCUUCGUCUGUGAAUUUUCUACGCGUGGUGACGAAUGAGAAAAUGGACAGAGACAGAAUUCACGAUAAAAGUGUGUGUCGGAAAAUCGGAUGAGAUAAAUGGUCUUAUUAUCUGUGACGCAUGACAUUUAAAAGUGCUACAGUAAUAUUACAUGCACAGUAAUAUUACAUCUUUUUUGCGUAAAAUUACAAAGAGCAAAUUUUUUAUUCAUUACCGAGCGAAAUAAACUUCACGUGUUAAACGGCAUCGCGUUUGAAUUAAUUAUAAAAUUUAAUUAAACGGUAAGUUAACGUGAGAACUUAAUUACGAUAGCAAUCUCAAAAGAUAAAAAAUAUAUUUAUAUGAAAAUUGAUUUAAUUAGAUAUUGAAGUUUAAGUAUAACAUAAAAGAUAUAAUAAUGACAUAACGUUUCGUGAAUAUAAAUCAAUAUCGCUGCAUCUUUUUAAUAUUACGUUUGGAGAAUUGUUGAAUCCUCUUAAAUUACAAUCGUAGUCGGACUGUAAUACUAGAGAUUCGGAAACUGUUCGAGUCAAGGUCGAGCGAGUAACGAGAACUACACAAUAAAAUUGCAUUCUUGCGGAAACGUGCACGCUGUUUAUCAACUCCACCACAUUUCCGCGUUUAUCCCGUGAUCAAAUAUGUUACAUGCUACGAGAGCAGCUUUUAAUGCGUUAAUGCGUAUCGAUUUACAAUCGGUCGCAUGCGAAGCAGACGAAAAGAAAAUAGACAAUUUAAUUAAGAAAUCAAUUAUAGAAAGCUAUUAAGUGUACUGCUAAUGCGUCACGUCUCCUCUUUUUCCACGUUAAUGAAAACGCGAGGAAAUGUAUUGAACUGCGACUUUGGAAGAAUGAAACGUUUUUCUUCUUAUUAAUACGACACGGCUAUGAGGAUUGUAUAAAGGUCCUAUUGGCAAGAUGGAGCGGUAUUAUACGAAAUUUUGCGCGUGUGAAUAUUCAUCCGCUUGCAUUUAGAUCCAUUUCAAUAAUUGCUUUCGACACCAUACUCUAAUUGCGAUUCAUUCAAUGAACUUACAUAUUAUGCAGUUUAAUAUAUGGAAUUAAUACGGAUACGGUAUUACGUAUGUUAAAAUCAUAUUAUAUAAAUCCAGUCGUCAAAGCACUAUUAUUAAGAUAGAAUUAGAUAACUUAAAACAUUAUGUUGAGCAGCUUAAUUACCGGCGUGAAUGUAAUGGAUUCGCGAUUUUUCUCAAAAUUGAAAUAGCGUACACUCUUUGACGAAAUCAAAUGAACACGAAUUAUCCCGAAUCCGAAAAAUAAGUUAAAUCGCGAGUUAAAUGAAAUUGAAUUCUAUCGAAUGAAACGCAUGCCCGUAAAACUGCAUUGUUCGACCGCGUGCCGCUGCGAACGUAAUCGAAUUGAAUGUAAUCAAACUUAAAGCGUAAAUGACCACAUUAUAUCACUUGAAUGAACGUUUAGACAGAAAAAAAUUCUCUGAACGGAAACGAACGUUUAAACGCAAUCCCGACGCUCAAUACCGACGGUCCGUGUCAGUGACGUUGGAAGGUUUCCAACUAUUACGCCGCGCGUUCGUCCGCAGCGGAAUGCUUGCGUUCGUCUCGUUGCAAUCAACUGUGUCAGAUCAAAUGGUCUUUUAGUCUAAUUAUGGAUUUUUUCGACAAUCAAUCGGAGAGAGAUACUAUAAUACCAAACUACUAAAGAUACCAGACUUUGAUGCGAAUCAAACGUCUAAUUCUCAUUGCCAGUCUAAAUAUGUCAAUAAUAUUACAAUCUUGAAUCUAUUAUCUAAUAUCUAUAUUAAUCGGAUUUAGGAGAAUUUAGGAAAGCUUUGUCAACUUUCUAUUGUUCAUCGUCAACCAAUUUUCGCAGAACGUGACACUGGGCGCUUUGUCGAAAAAGAACAGAGACUCUUUGUCGAACAGCUUGUUCUAGCGUUCAUCACGCACAAUUCGAUUAUUAACGCAAUUCUGCGCAAGAUAUAUUGUUGUGGUUUAUGUCAACGGUAUCAUUCAUGACUUUGACAGGUCUUCGUCAAAUGCGCAACGCACGCGAUCUCAUCUAACAGGUUUUAUCAACGUGAAUUAUGCGUUCUGGAAAAGAACUGGGAAUUCCCGUUGGACAAUCAUUUCGCCUGUGGCACUCGAUUCGAGCAUUCCAUGCUACUCUGUGAUCUACAUCGGUCUGGUUUAUAUCAACGUCACACCAACGAGUCUGGAGAAUGGCCAAUAAUAUUGCAAUGUGCUUUUUGUACUAAUGCAUUUUGCACAUCGCGACCGACCGCGCUGGAUCGAACGGUUUUUCGGAGCGACGAGCGUCGAAGAGAGCUUUUUUCUGUCGGUCUCACAAUCGUGAGCAAUCAUGUUUGUGUUUCAAAAACUGUCGAGUAAAACUGUGGUGGGAUGUCACCAGAUACCGACGGCGAUUGGCAGCCUGUCGCGAUUCCGAAGAUCGGCGUCGCCGACGCCGAACGUGACGUUGUACGAUUAUCAGAAUCACAGCCUCGAGAUCUUCGAGAUAGAAGAGGAGUCGGACAGCCUUUGCACCUCGCUCUACUUUCUUCUGGACUUCUGCCAUCUGUACUACAUACCGUCCAUCAUCCUGCUGGGCUUGGUGGGCAACCUGUUGUCGUGCGUGGUUUUCCUUAAGACGCAUCUAAAGUUACGCAGCUCUAGUUACUACUUGGCGGCGUUAGCCACCACCGAUUUUAGCUUCCUCAUGUCGCUGCUUCUCGUCUGGCUCAAUAGUACGAUCGGAUGGAAGGUCUUUAACAAUAAUGGCUGGUGCGAAACUCUGGUGUACGUCAGCGCGGUUUGCAGUUCGCUGAGUGUUUGGCUAAUUGUCGCCUUCACCGUCGAGAGAUUCAUCGCCGUUCAGUAUCCGCUGCAUCGGCCGCACAUGUGCACCGUGGCGCGUGCAAAGACGAUCAUCCUGGUGUUAACGAUCCUCGCCUUAGUCAGCCACUCGUACUCCUUCAUCACCGCCGGGGUGGUUAAGAACCAGGGUGGCGACGAGGUGUGCGAGCUGAAGAUCGAGUACUUAGAGACCAUGCAGAUCAUAAGCAUCAUCGAUAGUAUAGCGAGUCUAAUCGUACCGCUCGUACUUAUCAUCGUGAUGAAUACCAUGAUUAUGAGAAAUCUCUUGAAGUUUGGCAGACGAUUUAACCAGGAUCCCGGUUACACUACGAAUUGUCCUAACAGAGAGAAAUCCGACAUCAAUCUCAAUCAAAUUCCGAGUGCCAAUAGCAGCAAUAACGGUGGUGCCGGAAAUAUGAAUUUGGUUUCGCUCGUGGGCACAAAUGGAACGCGAAGACCACCUUCCCAGCAAUCGUCGUCGUUUCACUCGUCCAAGAACCAUUCCCGGCAUCAACCUGCAUCUGCUCCGCCGUCGACACCACGGAACGCUUGUCAGAUGACCGAAAUAGAAGCUCCGUGUAUACACGUUAGGUCAUCUUGUCGGAAUCUCGGAUCGACUAGAUUUAAUCAAGAGAGCAUCACUAAAAUGCUCGUGCUUAUUAGCACGGUCUUCAUAUUACUUAAUCUACCGAGUUACGUAAUUCGUCUAUGCGUGUUCUUCUUUGCUCUGGCAAAGAAGAAUACACCGGAGACACUCUGGUGUCUUCAGCAGUUCUUCAUGCUGCUCUAUUAUACAAACUUCAGCAUCAAUUUCCUGCUGUACGCGAUGUGCGGCAUCACAUUCCGGCGAUGUUUGGAGCAGAUAUUACGCAGACUCCUAAAGAGUAUGACUCGGUAUCACUGCAGUCCACAGAGGGAAUCGGUAAGCCCGUGAAACAUCAACGUUCAUUGGCCGACGAUCGUCCCUUAUCCGUGUCUGGUUUCAACCUGAGGUUAACCCAAGUCGCCGAGGCUUUUGUGAGCGUAAAUCCAGGGAUAAAUCCAAGAUGAUCCUGUUUGCCCGAAUUAUCUUGAAAGGAUGCAUCGUUUUCGCCAGAUGUGUUACGCAUCUGUGACUUUAAGUUCGAUAUCGACGACGAGAUGACGGAUUUGACAAAAGAAUUGUCAGAUAAUAAGGAAAUAAGAAAAAUAUUAUUGUAAAACAUUCGGAACGAA